ACUCGUCAGAACGGUGAAAAUCGAGGAUAGCUAGCGAGUAGUGUUUGAUGAGUUUGAAAGAUAAAAUUUAAAGGACUUUGUCAGAAUUCAAAUAAAGACAACAAAAACAAAACAAAAUAAAAGAAAAAAAUGUAAAUUACUUCAUAUGCCACCUGAUGUGACACGAUAUGUGAAAAUUCGAAAUAUUUACAAAUGCGACUGACGGUUCUAUGCUGUGCUUCACUCUUUUAGCUUGUGUAUUGAAUAAAGUGCUCGAGUAAAAUGUAAAAAAUACGAAAUGAAACUUAAUUUAUGUUUCAUGGAAUUGCGUGCACAUUGAAAACAGUUUUAAUCUUAAAUGAGAAUUUGACUUGUGAAAAAGCGUAAAUAUUUGAAGGAAAUGUUUUUAUUACAAUUUCAACGGUUCUUGCAACGAUUACGGCACAAGCCCAUGUGGGCCUUGUUGCUUGUGAUAUCGUUUGUUGUGUUCCUGGAUAAAACACACGCCAAUGAAACCAAUGAACUAACCACUACUCCAGAGCCGGAUGCAUCACCUGGUUGUAAAGCACCGAACAUGCGGGUCACUGUUAUUAAACCAGAAUCAGGGACUGAACGGCCUUAUGCAAAAUUUGAAACCACACCAGCCAAUUUACCAGAAGACUUCACCACAGUGGAUGUUGAAUAUGUUGAAAAAAUAAAUAUUGACCUGACUUCCAACUCUGCGGCUAAUGAUAACAAAAUGGCUGUAGUAAAUCCAUAUAAAAUUGAUGUGGAGGGAGAAGAGCAUACGACAGCUUUAAUUUCUGAAGAUACAGCCGCAAUAGAUGAUGAAGAAGAGGAUGAUGUCACUGAAACGGAAGAUACGGCACACAAACGUCUAAAUCAUAAUCGAAAAUAUAAUAAAAAACGACGCUCAGGUUCUAGUCGUCGACGUCGCAUUGAAAAUGAGAAUGGUCAAAGCCGCGGUCGUGGCAGCCGUUACAAGCGACAAGUCAUACAUCAUGACCCAGAUGCUUCUCCCGAGACAGACAAAUGGAGUGGCAGUAAGUUGGCAGCUGAAGGCGAUGUCUACUAUGUACACAUUGAAGACAUACUAAAAUCCCAAUCACCAAAUGCAGAGUUGCGGUUAAAAUUGCAUAAAUUAAAAAAGAAAUCAAAGCAAACAAAAUGCAGUGCGAAUGAGAAUAAAGAACAAUGCAAGAAAGCGGCAGCGAAAAAGAAGAAGAAAAAGGUUAAUGCAACUGAUGUUGAGGGAAAACUCGCAACAAACAACAAGAAAACGCCAAAGACUAUAAAACAAGAAAAACAAGAACAACAACAUCAUCGUAGACGUGGCGAUAGUCAUGAAGAUAAACAGGAACGUGUACAUGAACAUCAGUUACAAAAACGCGAUGUUAAUCCAAGAUGGCAUAAUACUGUUAGUUUCGACAAUGACACACAGCAACCGCAACCCAUUGAUAAUGGCUUUGAGGAUGAUGUAGAUGAAAUUACUGCCGAUGCUGAUGCCGAUACCGCUGCCUCUGCCUCUGUCUCAGCCACAGAUGUCGCUGAUAAUGCACUAAACGCUGAGAUAUUAAGUGCUGAUAAAAUUUACAUCAACAUGACGAGCGAUGGCCUCCAACGCGUCAAACGCAAAUCGGGUAAAACCACAGGCGCAUUAAGUCGUCCGAAGGGUGGCGGUGAUUCCAGUUCAAAGACCACUAGCCGUAAGGAUAAGGGCAUUUUCGAUGAAGAAGGUGGCUAUGCGCCUGUUCAUCCGGACGAUACUGAUUCAGGAGAAGAAGAGGAGGAAGAUGAGGAGGUCGACAUAGAGCAGCAGUUUACUGAAGUUUCUGAAAUUCGUUUCCCUGGUGAGAUUGGACCACUUGGUGAUCGACGUCUGUGCAAAAUACGUUGUAUUAAAGGCAAAUGGGUCGGACCGUUGUGCGCAACCAAUGAGGAGGAUGAUUAUGGAAAUGUGAACUUUCAGCCCUUAUACAAAAGUUGCCACGUUAACCGAAUACCACCUUACUUACUCUUAAGCUAUCGCAAUAUAUCAGUGACCACCAUAAGAGGGUCACGUCGCAAUCGUACUACCAAAUCGACAUUUGUUUCCAAUACACAAAUUAACGUUGGCUGGGACUUACCUCAUGGUCAUUCGUUACAAGCACGUUGUAAAGAUUUGGGUCUCUAUAAAAUACUCGGCGAAUCGAGAGUACUCUGUUCGAAUGGUUUAUGGGCGCCACGUAUGCCAUCUUGUGUACCGACAACUUUAUUAACAAAUUUCUCAGAUGAUAGUGCACCUUCAAUAAGAUAUAAGGUAAUUAAUGGUUCUGGUGCAUUUGAGCCAUCUGGUGUAUUAGCUGUACCACCACAGAGCACCAUACUGCUUGAUUGUAUAUAUCCCAGAAUAAGAGGUAUACCAGAAUGGACCUGGACUAGUUGGUAUAUGCAAUAUCCAACAGGUUGGUCAACAGUUCAUGAGGAGAAAAAUUUACGUUACCGUCUUACCAUUAAGGAUAUACAGAACAGUGAUACGGGCACUUUUACUUGUACCUCACCACGCGGUUUAACAAAUUCUAUUUCAAUUGUUGUGGCCACUUCUACAUGUCCGCAGCUUCCAGAGCCGGUGUCGCCGCUCACGCUACGCCUCGAAGGUAAUAAGUUGGGUCAGCGUGCUAUGUAUCGCUGCCCACCAGGUUACCGUAUUGAUGGUGUUAUGAAUGCAACAUGCUUAGCUUCGGGUAAUUGGUCAUCGCCGCCACCUACGUGUCAGGCGGUACAAUGUCCACGUUUAUUAUUAGACGAUCCACAUUUGUCAUUAGUGGAAUUGAAUACGUCGGCUUGGGGACGGGCGGUGUUCAAAUGCCAAUGGGGUUUUAAGCUGACCGGCCCACCGGGACUGGAUUGUACACCGACGGGCGUGUGGAGUGGCCCAGUACCACGUUGCAAAGCAAUUCAAUGUCAAACACCGGUACCGCCAUUAAAUGGACGUAUUGGGGGCACAAAUUUAAAUCAACGCCGACUUACUGUUGGAGCUCUGAUCACUUUCAGUUGCAAUGAAGGACACACGCUGGUAGGCGAACCAAGCAUAAUUUGUACAGAAUCCGGUCUUUGGUCACACCAACCGCCAUUUUGCAAAUCACAGUGUCCAUACCCAGGUGAUCCACCAAAUGGUCUUAUAGCUCCACUUAAAUUCAAUUAUGAUUCCGGCGAUUAUUUAACCGUACAAUGCAGACCUGGUUUUGUGCAAUUCAGUGAGCACGGUCCACCUGACCGUCCUAAGUGUCAACCGGAUGGCAAUUGGUCCGGCCCUGUACCAAAGUGUCGAAGUUAUGAAGAAGUGUAGCUUUUUAAAACGGCUGAUUUAGUAUCGUCUAAGGAAGAGUAAGAAAACCAACUAAACUGUAAUGUGUGUUAUGUAAAAAGUAAAUAUAGAAAACUGGUGUAAGUCUUUUUUUAAGAUGAAUAGAAAAUUUUAUUUCGAAUCUCAAAAUUUAAUGUAAAAAUGCUCCGAAAGUGCAAAAAAUAAAAAAGUUUAAUUUAUUAACGUUAUUGUAUGUAUUUUGCAAGGUGAUAUUUAGGUAAAGCGAAUUAGAAAUUAAAAUUUAAUUAAAUUGGAUUAAAUUAAAUUAAUAUAUAUACAU